AUGACUCGCAAGUUUUUCGUCGGAGGUAACUGGAAAAUGAACGGUGACAAGAAGUCGAUUGAUGGAAUCUGUGCGUUCCUGAAUCAGAGUGGAGACGUAACGGAUGUUGAUGUCAUCGUGGCUCCACCAGCUCUCUACAUCACUUAUGUCGCAAAGGGUGCGUUCACUGGUGAAAUUUCUCCAGCUAUGCUUCAAGACUUAGGUAUUGAGUGGGUGAUUCUAGGACAUUCGGAGAGACGUCAUAUAUUUGGCGAAUCGGAUCAGCUCAUUGCCGAGAAGACUGUCCAUUCACUUGAAAGUAAAAUCAAUGUAAUCUUUUGUAUCGGAGAAAAGUUAGAGGAGAGAGAGGCAGGAAAGACGAAAGAGGUAAACUUUCGUCAAAUGCAAGCCCUAGUAGACAAAAAGGUCGACUGGACAAACAUUGUAAUCGCCUACGAACCGGUAUGGGCCAUUGGGACUGGAAAAACCGCAACACCUGAUCAAGCCCAAGAGGUUCACCUUUGGAUUCGAGAGUUCUUAAAAGAAAAAGUUUCCGCUGAGGUUGCGGACAAAACUCGUAUCAUAUACGGAGGAUCUGUCACUGCUGAGAACUGUGUUGAGUUGGGUAAGAAGCUCGACAUAGACGGUUUCCUCGUCGGAGGUGCUUCACUGAAACCUGAUUUCGUUACCACUGAAAUGUUCUCCUUAGGGAAACAAUAUUAUACCUAUUCCAGCAUGAGUACGCAGUAUAUUAACGAACCAGUUACAUCGGGGAAGGUAGUCCUGCAUACAACAGCUGGCGAUAUUGAAAUUGAAUUGUGGACCAAGGAGUGUCCUUUAGCGUGUAAGAACUUCAUACAACUUUGCAUGGAGAAGUACUACAAUGGAACGAUAUUUCAUAGGCUGGUGAAGGAUUACAUUAUACAAGGGGGUGAUCCAACAGGUACUGGACAUGGUGGAGAAAGUAUUUAUGGGAAACCCUUCAAGGAUGAAUUCCACCAGCGAUUGCGUUUCAAUCGUCGUGGAUUAGUUGGGAUGGCUAAUGCUGGUAAAGAUGAUAAUGGAAGUCAGUUUUUCUUCACUGUCGGAAACGAUGUACGAGAACUCGACAGGAAGCAUACUCUUUUUGGAAAGAUUGUUGGCAAUACGAUAUUCAACAUGCUAAAGAUGACUGAAUGUGAUAUAGAUGACAAUGAACGGCCGAAAACUAUACACAAGAUUAUAAACGUUGAUAUCCUGACAAAUCCAUUCAAGGAUAUCAAACCAAAGAAGAAAGUUAAGAAGCGUGAAAAGAGACCUGUGGAGACAAAGAAGCUUAAUUUGCUUUCAUUCGGAGACGAAGCUGAAGAAGAUGAUAUGGAGGUGUUGAAUAAAAAAGGAAAAUCCGCUCAUGACGUAUUAUCUGACGACAGGAAACUGAGCAAGCAAGUGGCUGUUACUGCGGAUGAAAUGGCGGAUUAUGAACCGGACGAAGACGUAGAUCGGGUCGUUUCUACAGUUUCAAGCGUGCGAGCCAGAUUCGCAGCGAAAAGGAAGAUUGAAGAAGUGGACGACGAUGGUAAAGACGAGGACUUUGAGAAGAUGAUUGACGAUGAGCGUCGAAAACAAGAACAGGCGAGAAUGGAAGCAAUACAAGCUGAAUUAAAAGCUAUGCAAAAGGAGCAUAUUAAAGCUCUUCGUAGGCCGAAGAAAAAACUGGACGAUGAAGAAGAGGAGCAGCAAUCGGAAGCACUGAGGAUGUACCAUGGCCUGAAGCUUAAAUUUAAGUCAAAGUCAAAGAAUAUUUUGAAAACAAAGGACCCCGAACGUGAGAAUCAGGUACGAGAAACAAUGUCCGAGAAGGAACUGAAGACAAUGACUAUCCUGGAACGAUUUAAAAAACGCCUAGCAGCGUCCGAUCAAUCGGCGAUUCUUCAUGACAGGAAAAUCGUGAUAGAAGAAGAUACUAACGACAAGGAUGAGGAAAAGAAGUUUGGUAUAGACUUGGACGCCGAGGACACAGUGGGCGAUGAGUGGAUGAAGCACAAAUUCGAAGCUGAAGAUGACGAUCCCAAGGUUUCGAAGGCAAAAGACGCUAACUUGAGAGAGGAGAGUGAGGACUGGUACGAUAUCCAUGACCCAAGAAAUAAGAUGAAUCAAAGGAGACGUGGUGAAGUCUAA